GCCUCCGGUGAGUCGUGCGGCGCCGCUGCCCGACAAGCUGCUGAAGAACAACGUUACAAAGAAAAAGAAGGUGGUGGAGGAGCUGGUGUUGGAGCACGUCUUCGGCUACAGAGGCUUCGACUGCCGCAACAACCUGCAUUACCUCAACGACGGCAACGACAUCAUCUUCCACACCGCCGCCACCGUGGUCAUCCAGAACCUGUCGGCCGGGACGCAGAGUUUCUACCUGGAACACACUGACGACAUCCUGUGUCUGACUGUCAACCAGCACCCAAAAUACCAGAACAUCAUCGCCACGGGACAGAUCGGUGACAUCACUGACCUGCCAGGUAAGUCUCCGCUCAGCCGCACUCCUCACUCAUCGUGCACUCAUGACUCUGCUCACGCCGAACGCUCGUGUUUAACUUGUCCGUGUCGCUGGCUGUCGGCGCCGUGUAGAGGCCGAGGUGUCUGGUGAGUAUCAGCAGUGUGUAGCUCCGCCCCCUACCUGUCAGAGACCGUGUGCAGGUGGCUUCAGCCAAAAACACGGCUUGUGAUCAGCAGCCCGUCCACACUAAACCCAAAACAGCCAACGGUGUGAUGUCCACUUCCUGUUUUCUGCUUUUUAUUUGCUUUUAUUGGCUCAUUUUUUACCCCAAAAACAUUUUUAUUUGAGCAGUUUAAUAGUUGUAGUCGUUUAACAGUGAAGUUAAAAUCAGAGUAUUUGUAUUUGCAGAAAAACUUCACAGCUGCUGUCGUCAAACAUUUACUGAGCAGAGCUGAAAACAGUCUGUGAAUUUAGAUUCAGGGCUUUUUAUCAUUAGGGACUGUUUGUUAUUUAUGAGGGGGAGGAGGGGCUAAACAUGGGAGGGAUGCCAAAUAACUCUUAAACUCUUAAACUAUAACUAAUAACUCUUAAAGCCACGGGGAGGGGCUGAUGUUUUCAUUUGUCUUAAUUUGGGCUCGGGAGUUUUCUUCUCUUUGAAUUUUUUGAUGAAUUUUUU